CACAGGUUCCUCCGCUCGGCUGCAGUUGCUGCUGCGCGUCACCGCCCACUGAGGCUCUAAUAUGCGUGUUCAUGUUUAAUCUGGACCCCAACACGCCGCUCUCUGCAGCAGAACCGAGGACGUGACGACAUCGCGCCUGUGAUCCGCGUGUCUGCAGCAGGGCUGGACGCCGCUCCUGCUGCUGCUGCUGCUGCUGCUGCUGCAGUGUCCCGGACUCCGCAGCGGCGAUCGCGUUGCUGGAUCCGUGUGGAGAGGGGAGAGAAGGAGAGGGGGGCAACCAGCGCGACACCCCACCCGUCUCGCUUGAUCCGGACUGCGGGAUCCGGAGCGGCACUUUGCAGGGUCUCCUCUGAGCUCCAGGAUCAAGGAAAAGCCAGGAUUCCUUUAGUACUCCAAGAAGAUUAUUGUCAUCAUGGAGGACACGGGACGUUUCAAGACACUGGAUAUGAACACAGCCGGUCAUUUUUAGGACUCAAGCAUGUUCCACUCAAGUGUCAGUUCAGUUGGAUUCCAACCAAUUGGACAUGGGAUUCUAACGGUGUUUCAUCGCCUCACUUUGUGAAGAAACAAGUCCCCGGGUUUCUCAGAAGUCACUGACCAUCAUGCGUCCCUCCCUUGCCACCGCCGUCCUCCCAGCGCGUACCCGCUCCCACAACCCACCCAACCUCUCUGUUGGUGCCCGUGAACAUCUCUCCGCCCCACGCAGGCGCAGUCCUCAUCUCCGGCACACCCUCAGCCCUGAGAACCUUCGGACCUUGGCGGAGAGAGGCGGAACUUCGCCAGACAAUGUCUCAGUGGUCAGUGGUCCCGUCGGGCUCCCGAGGGCCAACAGCGACACGGAUUUGGUGACGUCUCAGAGCAGGUCCUCGCUCACCGCGUCCACCCUGGAGUACACUCUUAGCCGCGGGCAAAACCUCAUCAUAUCCUGGGACAUCAAGGAGGAAGUGGAUGCCACCGACUGGAUCGGGUUGUACCACAUUGACGAAACCAGCGCAUCUAAUGUGUGGGACUGUAAGAACCGAGGGGUCAAUGGGACCCAAAAGGGUCAGAUUGUGUGGAGACUGGAGCCUGGGCCGUACUUCAUGGAGCCCGAGACCAAGAUCUGCUUCAAAUACUACCACGGCGUAAGCGGAGCCCUGAGAGCCACGACUCCCUGCAUCACUGUGAAGAACACCGCUGUCCUGGUGGAGGGCCUCGCCGAGCAGGUGGGUGUGGAGCAUCCUCGCAAGCUCAUCAGCUUCACGCUGACGGAUCUCCGAGCAACUGGCCUGAAGAAAGGAAUGUUUUUCAACCCGGACCCUUACUUAAAGAUGUCCAUCCAUCCUGGCAAGAGAAGCGUUUUCCCAGUCUUCAGUCACCACGGACAGGAACGAAGAUCUGCCAUCAUCGCAAACACGACCAACCCAGUCUGGCAUGGAGAGAAAUACACGUUUGUGGCUUUAAUGACGGACAUCUUGUACAUCGAGGUGAAGGACAAGUUUGCAAAGAGCCGACCAAUUAUUAAGCGGUUCCUCGGUCAGCUCACAAUCCCUGUGCAGCGGCUGAUCGAGAAAAUACCUGGAGUCCAGCCUGUGAGCUUCUCUUUGUGUCGGCGUUUGCCUACCGAACAUGUUAGUGGUCAGUUGCAAUUCAAAGUUGAGCUGACCUCAACUGGACCUGAUGGUGCUUCUCCAGAUUCUAUCAUUGGCCUCUCGUCUUUCAACGGAGCUCCGGGUACUCCAUCUGACGAUGAAGACUUGCCUCAUCACCUCCCUGGUGUGGUGUCUGCUGGGCUCUCCCCUACUGGCUCCCAGGGAGCCUGGGAGGGAGGAGCCUCAGCGUACCCAGAGAAGGACUUGUCAUCACCUGUGGGGGCGGAGGGCAGAUUCGUGGAGCUGGAAAGCUUUUCAGGACACGAGGUGCUGCAGAGGUCUCUCAGCGAGGGCCUGGAUGCUAUCGAGGCCCCCAAAGGCCCCGGUGAGAGACCCCUGGGCGCGGCUUCACCGAAACUACGCUCCAGCUUCCCCACACACACAAGACUCAGCGCCAUGUUGCACAUAGACUCAGACGAGGAUGAGGAGAGGUCCGGGGCCAAUGACAUCACUCCGGUGCCGCUGUCGCCUCUGCUGAUGAAUGGGGUUCCUCCAGACGUCUGCGGCGCAGAUGAAGAUGAAACAUUUACGGAGCUGCAGCCGGAGCCCAGAGUGCCAGAGGAGGGCGCCGCUGCUGUGCCUCCAGAGGGCGGGGUGACUCCGCAGGUGGACCCAGGUCUGGAUCUGGAUGAGGGGAUGGAGCAGGACGUCUUCAGCGAAGUGGAGGAAGCUCCUUUUACGGAGGCUGUGUCCCAUAACACACCAGAGGAAGGAGAGGCAUCCGGGAAAGGACGAGAGACUGCUGAGGAUCCCACUUCGGAGUUUGACACCUGCUCCAUGGCAACAGCUCAGCAGACGGUUGUCUCCACUUCCGAGAGCUGUCCAGUCACACUGACCAGUGCUGUGCAGGAGGCUGAAGAAGGAGCCGAGACGGUCAUCGAUCCAGGGGGGGAGGGGAUUUCUGGCACCCCGCCGACCAGUCAACCUGUUGAUGAUGAAGGAGGAGGUCACGCUGGUGUAAGUGAAGCGCAAGAUGCAGUCGAACCACCGGCUGAGGAGGAAGUGGUUGGGGAGGUCAGCGUGAGGAGGCUGAGCCUGCAGGCUGCAGGGGGCGGCACUGUGCAACCGCAGCAGGAGGAGACCAAGAUGCUGGAGGAGCCUGGAGCUGUGGAGUCGGAACAAGUUACCACCGAAACAGAUGGCGAGGAAGGCACCACAGUCAACGGCCAUCCGGUCCGCUCGCUUCCCUCAGUCCGCCACGACAUCCAUCGCUACCAGCGUGUGGACGAGCCUCUGCCUCCCAACUGGGAGGCCCGCAUUGAUAGUCACGGGAGGAUCUUCUUUGUGGACCAUGUCAACCGAACCACCACCUGGCAGCGACCCACCGGGCCACCGGCUCCUCAGGGUUUGACCCGCUCCAACUCCAUACAGCAGAUGGAGCAGCUCAACCGCAGAUACCAGAGUAUUAGAAGGACGAUAACCAACAGUGAUCGAAGUGAAGAGAACCCUGUGGACCUGCUUCCAGAACCAGAGGGUGAACUCAUGCCUCAAUCCAUAUCAGAGUACAGACGAGAGAGCGCCAUCAGUCACGCCAGCGGUCGCUCGCGGCUCUCUCUGCUGCUCCAGUCCCCCAGCGCCAAGUUCCUGUGCAGCCCUGACUUCUUCACUGUUCUGCACUCAAACCCUAGUGCCUACCGCAUGUUUACGAGCAACACCUGCCUGAAGCACAUGAUCAGUAAAGUGCGUCGAGAUGCUCACUACUUUGAACGCUACCAGCACAAUCGCGACCUGGUCACCUUCCUCAACAUGUUCUCCAACAAGCAGCUCGAGCUUCCACGAGGAUGGGAGAUGAAGCAUGACCACACUGGAAAGCCUUUUUUCGUGGAUCACAACUGUCGAUCUACAACGUUCAUCGACCCGCGGCUGCCGCUCCAGAGUUCCCGUUCCACUGGGCUGCUCGCCCACAGACAGCACUUGAGCCGCCAGCGCAGCCACAGUGCCGGAGAGUGCCUCUUUUUGUCCCAGGUGGUGGAUGACUCGCGUCAAACCAACACACCCGCCAUGCCCCGCCCCUCCAGCACCUUCAGCGGCUCCAGUCGGAGUCAGUACCACGAUGUGGUGCCCGUUGCUUACAACGAUAAGAUUGUGGCAUUUCUACGGCAGCAGAACAUCUUCGACAUCCUGCAGGAAAGACAACCUGAACUGGCCAGGAACACCUCGCUGAAGGAGAAGGUGCAGUUCAUUCGCAGCGAGGGAGCCACUGGACUGGCACGACUCUCCAGUGAUGCUGACCUGGUCAUGCUGCUGAGCUUGUUUGAAGAGGAGGUGAUGUCAUACGUGCCGCCAUUACUCCACCCAAGCUACUGUCUCUCCUCACCGCAGAGCUCGCCCGGAACUCAGCGAGCAAACGCCCGAGCUCCUGCGCCGUACAAGCGAGACUUUGAGGCCAAACUGAGGAACUUUUACAGGAAACUGGAGACCAAAGGUUACGGUCAAGGACCUGGGAAAGUCAAACUCAUCAUCCGAAGGGACCACCUCUUGGAAGACGCCUUCAACCAGAUCAUGUGCUACUCCCGAAAAGAUCUGCAGAGAAGUAAACUGUACGUCAGCUUUGUCGGCGAGGACGGGUUGGAUUACAGUGGGCCAUCCCGAGAGUUCUUCUUCCUGGUGUCAAGAGAACUCUUCAACCCUUACUACGGCCUUUUUGAGUACUCAGCCAACGACACCUACACAGUCCAGAUCAGCCCCAUGUCUGCCUUUGUGGAUAACCAUCAUGAAUGGUUUCGCUUUAGCGGGCGGAUUCUGGGUCUUGCUCUGGUUCACCAGUACCUGCUUGAUGCCUUCUUCACCCGGCCGUUCUACAAGGGUCUUCUUCGGAUCCCCUGUGACCUGAGCGACCUGGAGUUCUUGGAUGAGGAGUUCCACCAGAGUCUGCAGUGGAUGAAGGAUAAUGACAUCGAGGACAUGCUGGACCUCACGUUCACUGUCAACGAGGAGGUCUUCGGGCAGAUCACAGAGCGAGAGCUGAAGCCAGGGGGCGCUGGCAUUCCUGUGUCAGAGAAGAACAAGAAGGAGUACAUCGAGCGAAUGGUCAAGUGGCGCAUCGAGAGAGGGGUGGCCCAGCAGACAGAGAGUCUCGUCCGAGGCUUUUAUGAGGUGGUGGACGUGCGGCUGGUGUCGGUGUUCGAUGCCAGAGAGCUGGAGCUGGUGAUAGCGGGCACCGCAGAGAUUGACCUGUCCGACUGGCGGAACAACACCGAGUACAGAGGAGGUUACCAUGACAACCACAUAGUGAUUCGCUGGUUCUGGGCGGCAGUCGAGCGGUUCAACAACGAGCAAAGGCUCCGACUGCUGCAGUUUGUAACAGGAACUUCCAGCAUUCCUUAUGAGGGAUUUGCCUCUCUGCGUGGGAGCAAUGGACCGCGGCGUUUCUGCGUGGAGAAGUGGGGGAAGAUCACCUCUUUACCCAGGGCUCACACUUGCUUCAACCGACUGGACCUCCCCCCCUACCCGUCUUUCUCCAUGCUCUACGAGAAGAUGGUCACUGCUGUGGAGGAAACCAGCACCUUUGGUUUGGAGUAACUCUGCAGAACCAACUGUCUCCACUUUUGGGAAACAAACUAAAAUCCUCACAAGGCAACUAACCCUCACCACCUCCCCCCCCGCCACCGUCCCACAUGUGGAGUAUUCCCUGAAUGGCUUUUCCACACAUCGCCUUGGUUCUUUUUCCACAUUUCUGACUGCACUUUCCAAUCAAACCAGUGUGAGCGUCUGUACAGAUAGUUUAUAUGGCCGCACGCGUGCUUUAUCUAUUCAGUUAAUGGCCUUGGUCACCUUCCCUCCCCACCACCACCCGCCCUCCUACCCCUCACUGGACCACCAAACUGUGUCUGCACCCCAAAAACAGAGUUAGGAACAGGAACACGCGAAAGACUUCUGAUCAGCAUGGACCUUUUCUAGAUGAAUGUGAUGCUGGUUAACCGUUGCCGUGGCACCUACACACACACACACACGCACACACUCACGGAACAUUGUUUGAUUGUCAAAGGUUGAUCUCUAAAAAGCACUUUCCUGACACAGGCAGAAGAAUUUUAAAGGCUCAAUGUGGUUGUAUGAAGAAUGUAGACUGAAUGUAGGGAUAAUGAUUGAGUGGCUUGUUUCUUUAAUCUUUUCCAAAAUCCCAAACCAUCAUCUGUCUCUGCCCUGUUUACACCUGCAGUAAGAGCCACAUGUCUCUCACAGAGCAGAUCUCCUGGCCUCCAUUCUUCAGCAUCACUGACGUCAUAUUUUGUUACAGUGAAAACAGCGAACAACAAUCCAAUUCCAUAUUUUAUACAUGGAUUUCAUUCACCUAAGUUCACUUGAGUUAGAGGUUUGUUUUGCUGUAUGUAUGCAUGUGUGUCUGUUUCAUAACCAUCGUACCUCAGGUAAUCUUCAAAAUAUUGUUACCUGAACUUUUAUGACUCAUAUUUAACCUUGAAUUGCGAUUACCGGCACCCGUCCUAUCAUAUUUCAGAAGCCACAUCUGAAAAUAAUACUUCUGCUGUGGAGCCUGUAGGAAGGAGAGCAGAAAUCGGAAAUUAUUAUUAUUAUUAUUAUUAUUAUUUAUAUAAUAUACAACUUCAGACUUACACUUUCAAUGACGAUUAUUACUGUAAAUAAAUAAGCGUUUGUUUUGUAUUUUUCUUCAGUGACCCGCGUUGUGUUACUUUACUGUUUCUCUUAUUUUGAAACCUCCCCAGCUUUACAACAUUCCCUCUGUCAUGUGUUUGUGCAUACGCUCACAGUAGUCCUUCUCACUCUGCACACACUUGCUGACCAACUGAUCCUCAAACUCUGAAACUGAGUUGCUUUAAAAUCACUCUUUGAUGCUUUGCGCGAAACAGAGAUUUUAUUCAGGAUUCUCAACUGUGAUGAACACACAACCUAUGUGUGUGUGGGCUUAUUUAUAAUACUUUGUGGGGACGAAUUCUUGACAAAGCGCUAUUCUUGUGUGACCCUUUUUCUGGUCCCCACAGGUCAAUUUGAUGAUGAAGACUUCAAAAUAACUGUGUCAUUAUAAGCGGGUUUAAGGAGUGCUGGUUGAGGUUAGCCAUUUGUUUUGGAUGGUUAUGUUGUCAUGAGAAACUUUACAGGAUAUCAAUACAAACGUGUGUGUACGAAUGUUUUGCCAAGGUUCAACCAUUCUACGAAUCAGUCAUGUAUCUCAUACGCUCAUGGGUUAGAGGUCUGUUUUGUUUUUCAUUUCAUCCGACAGCAGUUCGUCCCAGUCUCCUCUUUCACAUCUCCACUCUGUUCCCAUUUUCUCCCUUAUUUAUUGGAAAAACUAAAUGCCAUGAAAGAGACAGAAUAUUUUAAAUAGAACACAUAUGUUCCAAAUUAUUUUUAGAUCACAAAAUUAUAUCAUUUUAUAUGAAUUAUAUACGAGUGUAAUGAGCUGAAUCAUCCACUAGGAACUCGGGGUAGAGCUUCUUUACUUUAUCAGCGACGACACCCAGUCAGGGCCAGUUCAUGCGAUUGAAUGAAUGAAUGUUACUUCACACAAGUGUACACAAGGGGACGCUGUUGUUUCCGGAUUUUACAAUACGUGGUCACUAGUGAGAAGGUUCCAACAGUCUCCCGCAUUCUCGCCCUGACACGCACACACUUCUCUCUGGGGUGCAUGUGAGAUUAACACCUACUGUACAGAGUUAGAGGACUGGCUGGAGUGGAGUUCCACAUCCGGCUCUAAUCCCACUUUACUGCAUGCUUGUCGGCUCCGUGAGCCGCGAUGGGGGUGACCCCUACCUCCUCAAUGGCAUUGUGUUAUAGCUCGAUAUUGCAUGCCGAUCUAGUGCAAGACACUGUCCUUACUAGCUUCCUGUGCAUGAGGAUAUCGCUGUCCAUUAAGACCAAGAAAAAAAGAAAAACACAAGUGAGGGUUUUGGUGUUUUAUUUUUUUUAAACUGAAGCAUGAGGCCUUCUGCUUACCUGGCACUGUCAUACUGGGACUCGGCGUAGGAAAAUAGGUGCUGCUGUUAUUUAGGCAAAGGAAGUGCAAUAGUAUGUCGGAGACGGCGAGUACCUGGGCAGCAUGUUUCAAACCGUCGCUCUGCCCAACUUAGUAAGAGUCGGCUCAUGGCAGCGAUGAAUCAAUAGGGCUGUCUGUGGGGGAAAAAAAGUGAGAGCACAUGUCGGUGUAAAACGUCCUGUUUGUCUCUUUGUACAUAUGUCUGUGUGUCCUGUUGUGUGCGUGCACCGAAUGUACCAAAGUUCUGGGGGCUUGCGACGUCGGUUUCAGUCUGCAGAAUCCUCUCACAUCGUCUUCGCAUCUUUGCUCGAACGUCGUGGCGACAUGAUUCACAUCGUUUGGUCAAGUUUGUGUCGCACUGGACUGGAAGUGAAACAGCAUUUCGACUCCACAUUGACUCAAGUUCAAACCAGUUUUCAGAUCUCCACUCUAUGCAAAGCUCCCAUGAGUGUGUCUCCAUUUCACCCUGAUGAUUGUAAUAAAAGAGAAGAUAUGGAAAUCUUUAUUCAUGAUACACGCGACUCUUAUUUUUAGGAUGAUGGAUUUUUAGUUAUUUUUUUAUUCCCCCUGCCAAGAAAUACGUAUAUAUGUAUAUAUAUGUGGCACUUUGCCGAUAACAUA